AUGAAUAUCCUCAGAAGUUUCUGGGCCCUCAGAGUCUCAUUCUACCACUCCGACCAUUCUAUAUCUUUGACAAAUCGCUCGAAUCAUUUAGUCACGCUACCAGACUUAUGCAAGGAUUCGACACCACCGUAUCAACCCAGCAUCAUAGCCUUCAAUGGACACCUUCAAACUAUAUGGACAGCUUUAAGGCGUACCGGGGUCUUUGUGCGCGACAAACGCAAAAUGUUCAAGUCAGAGGAUGAUCUAUACCCGGGGACCUUCGCUGUUGACUUUGUCAGCCAGGACGAAAGUGAAACAAUGGAAGAAGACUCCUCAUUGCCUCCACAUAUCACAUACUACGGAGACCAUAGUGCACCCUUUGGCUCAUUCGACAGCAAGACAAUGGUGAUCGCAUUACAUGGAGUCGCUGGUGUUUCUCAUGAGCGAUGUAUUAAGCAUGUCCUGGCGCCACUGGUCGCUAGUGGAUGGGAGGCAUGCGUCGUUGUAUCGCGUGGUUGUGGCGGCACUGAUCUGACAAGUCCGCUGUUAUACAAUGCACGAUCGACAUGGGACCUGAAGCAAACGUGGGAAGUUUGGUAUCUUGGCGAGGAGGGCGAGAGAUGUGGCAUCAGGGCCGCUGUGGUAUGCUCAAACCCGUUGAACUUGGAGGUCGUUGUCAACGCACUCCGACGAAGCUGGAUGGGCCUCAAUAUCUACUCAAACGCCCUAGGAAACGGAAUGAAGCAGACUUUUCAGCAGCAAUACUCUUUUGACUUCGAUACGUAUUCACACAGUUGCCCUGAGGACGUUAGGAAGAUAACUAAGCUGAUCAACAAAAGUGUUGUUCAGCUACCUAUGUGGGGCUACCCAACGACUGGGACGUACUAUAGAGAUGCAUCAUCGGUUGAUGCUGUACUUGCAGUGAAGGUGCCUCUCUUUGCUCUCAACGCAGAAGACGAUCCGAUUUCUCACUAUGAAGCCCUGCCUUUUGAAGAGUUUUGCAUUAACCCAUACACUGUGCUCUGCACAACCUCUUCCGGCGGUCAUCUUGGCUGGUAUGAAUCAGAAGACCAACGAUGGUUCACCAAACCGGUAUGCGUCCUUUAA